GGCUUACCCCGCGGCCGCCGGCAGGUGGGCGGCGGGAAGGGGCGGGGCGGCGAGCCGCAUUGCCUGCUGGGCGUUGUAGUCCCGCUGGGCCAGCUCCGAGGGCCCUCUUUCAGAUGGAGGGACUACGCGUCCCAGCAAGCACCGCGCGACGCAGACCUUCCGUUCUGGCUUCUGACGUCUUCCCGCGGCGCUGAAUCGGAAGUUCUGGGCUACCAGCGGCCAAAGAGAUGGGGACCGGUGGGCGGGGUGGGCUGCGGCCCGGCAAGGGGAGCCCCGAGGGGGUGACAGGAGGCAAGGGGAACCCCGAAGAGGCGUCUGCCGCUCCUACGGCCGCCGCCGCCGCCGCCGCCGCUUCGGCCUCCUGCCAGUACAGGUGCAUCGAGUGCAACCAGGAGGCCAAGGAGCUGUACCGAGACUAUAACCACGGGGUGCUGAAGAUAACCAUCUGCAAAUCCUGCCAGAAGGCUGUGGACAAAUAUAUCGAGUAUGAUCCUGUGAUAAUUUUGAUUAAUGCUAUUUUGUGCAAAGCCCAGGCCUACAGACAUAUUCUUUUCAAUACUAAAAUAAACAUGCACGGAAAACUCUGCAUAUUCUGCUUGCUCUGUGAAGCCUACCUGAGGUGGUGGCAGCUCCAGGACUCCAGCCAGAACUCGGACCCCGACGACUUCAUCAGAUACGCCAAGGAGUGGGAUUUCUACCGAAUGUUCGCCAUCGCGUCUCUCGAACAAGCUGCCUUUUUUGUGGGCAUCUUUACCUUCCUGUGGAUAGAACGGUCCAUCGCAACGAAGAAGAACCCCAACUUCCUGCUGCUGCUGAAGGCGCUGCUGCUGUCCAGCUACGGGAAGCUCCUGCUGAUCCCCGCUGUCAUUUGGGAGCAUGAGUACACGCCGCUGUGCCUGCGGCUCAUCAGACUGUUUGUCCUUACCUCAAACUUCCAGGCGAUCAGAGUGACGCUCAACACCCGCCGCAAGCUGUCCUUCCUGGCCAUCGUGUGCGGCCUGCUGACGGAGAGCGCCAUGGUCCACCUCUUCCAGACGAUGGAGUGGGAUGUCGGCAGCGACUGCGCCGACUACAAGUCACAGGACUUCUGAGGAGUUUUAUUCUUUACUCUCUGUGGCAUGGCCAGCUCCAUCUGA